AGGCGGUUUGGUCCCAGGAACAUUUCUAUAUACACUCUAAGCACCAUGUUGAGACCUUUGAAAGUGGAAUGCUGUCGGGGAUGAAUUCUUUCCUAAAUCCAGAACACUGCUGCUAGCUUGUAGUAUACUUGUGCCCUGGCGAUCGCGCCUGUCGAGGCGGAGCGUCAAACAUGGUCUAAAUAAAAUUCCUGGCAUGGCUCAGGAGUAUCUAGUUCAUAGUAGUGUGUGCGCAGUACUUUGACCAUGCCCACCACCGUCGAUGUUUGGGUCGCCAUCCUCGUCGUCGGCAUAGGUGCAAUUUUCGCACUUCAUCACCGGCGCAAUGCCACGGCGCAAGCGCUCAAUGAGCCUCCCAUUCUUCCUUAUCUGAUACCUUUCGUGGGUCAUGCUCUGUGGUACCGUCGGAAGUCUAUUGAGGUAUACAAUGCAGCAAGAAUGUUCUCUCCUGAUGCGCGACCAGUCUCGUUAACACUGAUGGGGCAGCGAAUAUAUGUCCGUAUAGCCAUAUCUUUGGAAUCGAUGCUCCCUAAUAUACUGCAUCUUCAGAUUGUCACCGCGAGCAAGGAUGUAUCAGCAGUGUACCGCGCGAAAAGCCUCUCAUUCGGACCGCUCGUCCUCUAUGGCCUCGGCUCCGUGUUUGAUCUUUCGAAACAGGGCAGAGAUAUGAUUGCCCAUGAAUAUAAUGGUCCCCACUCUUCUUUGCUGGAGAGUGUCCACCCAUUCUACCGAAGUACUCUGAAGGAGGCCCCUGCUUUGAAUGAACUUAUCACCUCCUUUCUUGACUGUCUCCGUGUAGAACUUCUCAAAGAAGACGCGAAAAUUAGCGCGUCACCAAGGGGGAUGAAGGUUCCGCUACGCGACUGGGCUAGAACCGUACUAGGCACUGCGUCGACCGUCGUCAUGAUGGGUCCACAAAUUCUAGAGGAAGAACCCAACCUUCUCGAUUACAACUGGCAGUUCAACGCGGAUUUCUUCACCUUCGUCGUAGGCCUUCCGCGCUUUCUGCUGAGAAAGCAGAAUGCAAACAGGGACAAGCUCAUUCGGGCAUUUGAACGGGUGUACAGGGAUAGAGAUACGAAACAAAAGGAUGCCGUUUGGUGGGUAGCAGCGAUCCAAGGCAUGAUGGUUGAGGCUGGUGCGACAUCCGCUCAUGACAUUGGUGCUGGAACAUUCAGUGUAUGGAACGCGCUCCAGGCGAACUCUAACCCUGUAUCCUUUUGGCUUCUCCUGCAGAUCGCUACAUUUCCGGGACUCGCGGAGCGCAUUCGCAAGUCGAUCACUACCGCGUUCGAUAGUAAUGGAAAGGUCAUCGACGUGGAACUUCUGGUAAACGACCCCCUCCUCCGUUCAACUUUUAACGAAACUCUUCGAGUAUUCUCCUGUUCAAUGUCUACCCGACUCGUGAUGGAAGACACCAUUAUAUCUGAUUACACCUUCCGCAAGGGCGCUGUGGUCAAGUGCCCCAUUCGUCCGCAUCAUUGGGAUGCAGACAUUUGGGGACCGGACGUCGAGGAGUUCGUUCCGGAUAGGUUCAUCCGAGAACCUGCAAAUGGCCUCAUGAGGGGAGAUGUGAAAUUAGUUCGGCCUUUUGGUGGAGGGGCUUCCCUAUGUCCCGGUCGAUUCUUUGCCUCAUAUGAGGUUCUUUCCUUCGUUGGAGCCCUUUUGUUCAAGUACGACAUCAAGUUGGCGGAAGGCGCAAGGAUACCUCGGCCCAACCUGAACGCUCCCACCCUUGGCAUAUCUAAUCCCAUUAAUGAUGUCGAGGUGGUUAUAACCAAGAGAACGGAGUGAGAGGCGCGUGGUUCUAUACAUUCAUUUAUACUGGAUAAGUGGUAUCGCGGAUAGUCAGGAACCAUAACAUAUACAGACAUAUACCCACAGUACAUUUAGUUUUAAUCAUACCCAAAUA